CUGCACCACGUGCACAUGUAUAUCUCUGUAUAAUUUUCUGCCUCUCUCUCUCUCUCUCUCUCUCUCUCUCUCUCUAUUCAUCGCUCUCUCGUCAGUUAAGCUGCUGCAUUGCAAUAUCAUCGUUUCUGCAUUUAAUUCACAGCACUUAUUUCGCAUUAUAAUUUAUAUUCAGUUUCUCCACUCGUACAUUGGCAAGAUUUAGAAUCUCUUGGAAUUCUUAUUGUGUUUCUGUGUAUAUGUGAGAAAUUGAGAGUGUGUGUGUAUGGUAUUACGAUGCCGUUGGUGAGAGUGGAGGUGAGAAAUGAGUACGGACUUGGACUACCGGAGCUGUAUAGAGAAGCGAACAAGGAGGAUCCGAAAGCGGUGCUCGACGGAGUUGCUGUUGCUGGCCUCGUAGGCGUCUUACGUCAGCUCGGCGACCUUGCUGAAUUUGCAGCAGAGAUUUUCCAUGGCUUACAGGAAGAAGUGAUGAUAACCUGUUCUAGAAGCCACAACUUGGUGGCUCGUGUACAACAGAUUGAAGCUGCAGUUUCUCCUCUUGAGAAGACCGUAUUGGCCCAGAGGAACCAUUUAUACUUUGCUUAUUCAGCUGGUUCCAAUUGGCAUGCUCGCCUGGGAUGUGAGCAAAAUCAACUUGCAAGCAGUGAUAUGCCUCAAUUUAUUUUGGAUUCUUAUGAAGACUGUUGCAGCCCUCCACAUUUGCAUUUGCUCGAUAAGUUUGACCCUGGUGGCCCUGGAUCUUGCGUCAAAAGGUAUUCAGAUCCAACUUUAUUUAAGAGAGCAUCAGCAGGAUCUAACGAAGCAUAUUCCAAGAAAAUUGCUAAAGAUAAGAUCGUUCGCAGUAUUAAGAAAAGUAGAUCAUGGCAAAGGAAUGGAGAUGUAUCCCGAGGUUCAUCAUUUUCUAAUCUCAGUGGCAGAAUGCAGGUCACUGGACUGAAUGUUAAUGAUAAAAGUUCCCAUUCUCAGAGAAUGUCCACAUGUGAUGCUACAUCCGGAUCAGAUUUUGGGAAGCAAUCAAAUUUAGAUUCGAGAAACGAAUUGACCUACAAUGAAUGUGUUCUCGGUCAAAGUUACUCAAUGCAACCUGAAAAACAAAAACUUAAAGAAUCAUUUUCUUCUCUAUCAAAGAAGUAUUAUAGUAAUUCUUUUCCAUACAAUUUUCUCAAGGAAAAAGAGGCUGAUCUAUGUGACGAUAUUCAGAACAAUGUAUUGAAAGAGCAAAUGGGCUAUAGUUCAUCUUCAAUUAAUUGGGAUGAAAAGGCAGAAAGCCCGCAGCUUAUGCUGAGGCAGUAUAAUCAUAAUUGUAUGGCACAGGAAGAUGGUCCCAAUGGAAAUUUAGAGUCACGUUCCCUAAAUUUUGACUGUGAAACUUGGGGAAGUCGAGCUGAUGAAACUGCUGACCAAAUGGAUGUCCAGCCUUGUAGUGAAACUCUGCCAAUGCCAAAAUCUGGUGACAACCAGCUUGAUGACAUUGAAAGUGAAACAGAUCAAUUCAUGGAUGCACUUAACACAGUUGAAUCAGAUACUGAGACUGAUAUAUAUUGCACAAUAAAGAAAGAAGAGCAUUACUUGAAAUCAGAGGACAAGGCAGUAGAUGAAACACGUCACUCUGAAUGUUAUUCUUCAAAUUUUGAAUCUGACAUUUUUGUCAACAGUUCUCAGGUCAAUAGUAGUGUUGGACAUAACUGCAUUUCGGCAUCUCUAGUAUCCCCUUCAGCAACUUACUCUUCUAUUGCUGAAGUAGCAGCAAAGGAUAAAUUAAACUUAGAUUCCUUAGAGAACAAUGCCCAUUUACUGCCAGCAACUCAAAGGGCUAGUGGGUUACUGAACCCGGGCAGCCUGCAAACCGUUGAUUCUCAUGAAAAUGGCAAUAUAGAUGAUGUUGUUAAAGUAAAAUCUAUUUUCAGAAGAGUAUUGCCAUCCAAUUUAAGAGAGGAUAAGUCAGUGAUGCCUUUCACAGAUAGGACAAGAAGCAAUCCUGAAUCUCAGGAACCUGAACAAGAACCUUCUAACAAUACACAAGGGAAGUUAUGGACAAAUGGUGGAUUGCUAGGAUUAGAUCCAUUAAAACCUCCAGAUUUCAGUGUAUUAAAUGCCAUCCAUCAAGAUCCUGCAUCCAGCAACGAUGGAAGUAUCUGUACUUUCAGGGCUAGAGCUGCAAAGAAAUCUGAUGAAAUCGAGAACUCCAGAAAUAUGGGAAAUGAUUUCGAUAUGGAUAGCUCUAUAUCACAUCAAAAUUACCAGGAAGGUGGCACCUCAUUUGGGAAGACGUCUUGGAAAAUUUCGACUACCAAUUUAGAUGUCAAGCUUGAAAAGUCCAGUAAUUCACUUCAUCGAAAUUAUGUCGGUAGUACUGCGAACAAUGGAUCUACUGACUCUGGUGUAGGACCAUCUAGAAGUUCUCAGCCUGUCAGCUCAGAUAUUCGAUUUACCAGAGAUCAUAGGGAGAAUUGCAGAAGUUCUAGGAUGUUUGAACUGGGCAAUCUAUUGUUUACAAAUGAAUCUUAUAGAAAGCUAUUGGUUGGCAGAGAUGACCACUCUGGUUCUUCUGGCUACCUAAAUACAGGUGUUAUCGAACAGAACAAUUGUCAAAAUAUUGCAGAUCAAUCAUUCUCUGGAAGAUCUAGAGAUUUGUUUGGAGGUGGAUCUCGAUUAAUGUCGUUCUCUUCCUCACCGCCACUUGAACACAUGAAAGUAUCGUUCCGGCCUACAGAUGGCUGUGAGACUACCAAGAUGAACUUAAAAUUCGCUGAUGGCAAUAAUAAUCUUGGAAGCGAUGGAAAUAUUUUUCCUUCAUUUCAAUUGGUCCCAGGGAUGUCAACUACUCAGCAUAACGUUGGUUCGGACUCAGAUGACACAUUCUAUAGAUCAUCACCUUCUGUAUCAGAUGAUAGUCUUAGCCAUCGGUCUAAUUCAAAUUCUGAGCAAUGUGAGUCCGGAGAAUCUCCCAGUAGCAAGGAGCACGAUUUAUAUGACGUUUUACGCAGAAUCUCGUCGAUGGAAUCUACUUCAACAAUAAGGGAAAAUGGGAGGUCGAGACACGGAGAGAUCUAUGAGAACCCUUGUCGUCAACUUCCAUUUGUUAAAAGCGUUGUGGACAAACAUUCUCAAUCUUGUGGUUUGUUUGAUAUUCCAAAGUUUAAUAUCCAAAAUCACUCGCUCAGGGAAGAACUGCAAAACGAUUCGUCAACAAUGGAUCCUGUGGAGACACAAUUUUCACCUACCCCUCCACCUCUCCCUCCUGCACAAUGGCGGACUAUGAAGUCACGUCUGGAUGAUACAGAAAAUAGGCAUGCUGUGAUAUCUGGCGGCCUUAACUAUGCAUCUGGUCUUACACGUUCAACAUCUACAAUAUCUCAUCAACCUAAGCAGUCCUCUCUUAAACAAGGUUGUACUAUUGGCUCAAUUAUGCUAGAAAAUAGCAAGCAGUCAGACUUGGAAAAGACAAAUGUAAGAAGAGAACUUAAUCAGGUUGCAUUUCACAAGAAUAUAGAUCCCAGGGAGGACUUUCUUAAUCAGAUUAAAACAAAAUCAUACAGUCUGAGACCAACUGCGAAAGCAAAAUCGACUGUGUUACCAGGGGGCCCUGCCAAUGGAAAAGUCACUGCCAUUUUGAAGAGGGCAAAUGAAAUUCGACAGGCUGUUGGAAGUGAUGAUGAGGGAGGAGAUGAUAACUGGAGUGACACUUAGAUUUUCUUAGGGCUUAACGGUUGGACGUGGAUUAAAAACCAAUGAUCUAAAUCUAAUGGUAUGUAGUUUUAUUUCCAGAUGAUGAGGUGAUUUUAUAUAUUCCUGAAUACUCCCAGUU